AUGGUUGCCACACAAGUCAACAAGAAGAAGCACUUCGUUCAUCAAGGUAUCUUGUAUGCUGAAUUGAACGAAUUCUUAAAGAGAGAACUCGCUGAAGAUGGUUACUCUGGAGUUGAACUCAGAGCCACUGCUGCUAGAACUGAAGUCGUCAUUCGUGCUACAAGCCCACAACGUGUUGUUGGUGAUAACGGAAGAAGAUUGAAGGAAUUGACCUCUGUCAUUCAAAAGAGAUUCGGUUUCGAUGAAGGAAAGAUUGAAUUAUAUGCUGACAAUGUCAAGAAUAAGGGAUUGUCUGCCAUUGCUCAAGCUGAAGAGCUCAAGAAGAAGUUGUCUGAUGGUACUGCUGUCAGAAAGGCUUGUUAUGGUAUCUUGAGAUUCAUCAUGGACAGUGGUGCUAAGGGUGGUGCAGUCAUUGUCUCUGGUAAGCUCAGAGCUCAAAGAGCCAAGUCCAUGAAAUUCGCUGAAGGAUACAUGAUCAGAACUGGUCAACCAGUUAAGGACUACGUUGACAUUGCUGUUCGUCACGUUUACAUGAAGCAAGGUGUCUUGGGUAUUAAGGUCAAGAUUAUGCUUCCUUGGGUUGUUGGUACUGGUCCAACCAACCAAAAGCCACAACCUGACGUUGUCACUGUUCAAGAACCAAAGGAAGAUCUCACUGUCCAAGGUGUCAUCCAUGAUUAA